UUAAGCUACCAAAGACCAAACAUUUCUGGAGUUACUUCCUACUUUAAAGCAAUGAGCAAAACCAAGAUAAAUUGUGUUGGCUGCAAGGCAGCAAAUGUUUCUUUGCACUGUCUUCCAUCCGAACAAUCACUUCGUCUGAUUUGGCCAGAGAAAUUCAAUCCAUGGGCAUUUGAGCACACUUCGCAUUGGACUACAUUGCAAAUCAGGCUAUGUAGAUACGUGGAUUUGCCAGCAGCUUGAUCCUCCAUCCAUCCAUCUUUCACCCAGCAGCGGCAGUAACCAUUCAAGAAAAGAAGUCAGAUCCAGUGCUCCACUGUGAGGAUGUUGAGCUCACUACACCCCCUACUGGUCUUCUGGAUCUGCAACCAUGCCGCCCCCAUAUACAACAACGGCUUCUUCUACCAUAACAUCAUGAAUGGCGAUGGCAACAGAGAGAUCUACUUUAACGGGGUGCGUCUCCACGUGGAGUCCUCCCAGCCCUCGGUGUUGGCGGCCAGGGGCAGUAACAUCACCCUGCCCUGUCACUACCGCUACGAGCCCGAGAUCAACGGGCCCCGCCGGACCCGGGUCAAAUGGUCUUGGCUACCCGCCAACGGCGCCGGUAAGACCGCCCGCGAAACAGACGUGAUGGUCGCCAUGGGCAACCGUCACCGUAGCUACGGCAGCUUCCAGGGGCGGGUGCGCCUGCGUCGGGCUGCGCCGGGGGACAUGUCGUUGGUGAUCAACGAGCUGCACGAGAACGACACGGGCCGCUACCGCUGUGAGGUCAUCGACGGGCUGGAAGACGAGAGCGUGACGGUGGAGCUGGAGCUGCGAGGAGUGGUAUUUCCCUACCGUUCCAAGAAGGGACGCUACCAUUUCAACUUCCUGGGGGCCCAACAUGCUUGUGAGGAGCAGGACUCAACCCUGGCCACCUUUGAGCAGCUCUUUGCCACCUGGGAGGAGGGGCUAGACUGGUGCAACGCUGGUUGGUUGGCAGACGGGACUGCUCAGUACCCAAUCACCACACCGCGGGAGGCCUGUGGGGGCGUGGACUUAUCCCCCGGUCUCCGUAGUUACGGACAACGCCACCGCCACCUCCACCUCUUUGACGCCUUCUGUUUCUCAGCCGCCCCAAAGGGGACAGUAUACUUCCUGAAACAUCCCCAGAAGCUCAACUUCACCGAAGCGGUGACGGCCUGCACCACAGACGGCGGUCUCAUCGCAAAGGUGGGCCAGCUCUAUGCCGCCUGGCGGUUCAUGGGAUUGGACCGCUGCGACGCAGGCUGGUUGGCUGACGGGAGCAUCCGUUACCCCAUCGCAAAGGCUCGCCCUAACUGCGGCACCUCAGAACCGGGGGUGCGGAAUUUGGGCUUCCCCCCUCUGCAUCGGAAAUACAGUGUCUACUGCAAUCGGUAAACCUAUCCUCAACUUCCAUUCUACGAAAACCAGAGGACAAUAAUAGUAAAGAGCACAACUACAGUACAACAGAUAGCCCAUACUAGUCAACUUCUCCAUUCAACACAAACGGUGCACUGUUACACGACCCUAGCCUGGAUGCUAGUUAGCAUUAGCCAGUUCUGCUCUCAUAGUGUCCACUGUAUAGUUCUAGUGAACUGUAGACUACUGCACUGUCUUCAUCUCCUCAUACUGUACAUAAUACCAGUCCCCACUGAGACUCCAACCAGCACUGAUACACAAACGGACUAUUUAGUCUUGUAUUGCCAGGUUUGUCUCACAGUAAAGGGUCGUUACAGUUCAAACUCAGGGAAGGUGUUCAACCACUGCAAGGCCCGCCGCCCUCAUAAUGCUUUGCCAGUGAUUUUGUUGUCCAACCAAGCUCUUUUCCUUGGUGUUUUGUUGAACUGUAGGUAGCUAUCUCAUUGUUCCUACUGCACUUUCAGUUCAAUGUUUGUAAUUCAUAGUUUUAGGCACAUUUCUGGAUUUCUGGAUUAUCCUUAUAUGUUAUGUUUUUCCAUGUCUUGUUUUGUAUAAGAAUUGAAAUGGAAUGAUGAAUUUGAUGACGAUGGGUGAUGGUAUAUAGACUAUGUCAUGAUGGAAGGUGUUUUGACAGUAUUUUAUGACUACCCCUUGUAGAGAGCACAGUGUUAAAGUAUUCCAUCUAUAUUAUGCCUCUUUAAUGAAGUUGUAUGACAUUAAUAACAUUUUCUAACAAAUUAAUGAUAUCCUCCCUUCCUUGACGUUAUCACUUGCAACGCCAGGAUUGUGGGUUCAAUACCCUGGGCCACCCAUACGUAAAAUGUAUGCAUGCAUGACUGUAAGUCACUUUGGUUAAAAGCGUCUGCUAAAUGGCAUUUAUUAAAUUGAAUAAAAUCAUGUUUGAGUCUGCAUCCCAAUUUGCACUGAAAUAUAACUAACUAACCGUUUUACAUAGAAACACUGGAUUUUCAGCAGGUUUUUUAAAAUAAUGUUAAUUAUGAAAUUA